AUGCAUGUACAGGAAAGCGUGGAGAUUGCUCUGACUACACAGUCCGCACAGUAUGUGGAAUCAGCAACCCGGCAGUCUGUCACCAUCAUUAGGAUCGACAGCAGGACAUCAGUGUUUAACACUGAUGUUUCGCUGCCCUAUAACCAUAAUUUCAUUGAAAGCCUAAUUGUGAAAAAAAUGAAAGUGGACGGGAAAGUGACUCAGUGCGACAUGACUACUAUCAUACCGAGGUGUCUAACCUCCGGACACUCAUACAGACAAUCUGGAUAG